UGUAUUACUGGAAUAAAAGUAAAUAUUACCACAUGUGGCGCGUAAAAAACGCAUUAAAACAUGUGAAUAUCUCAGUUCUUGGCAACCCUUGUGGCUGUCGGCUUCGCGCAUGCGCUGAAAAAUAUGUCAGGGCCAUGACAUGGUUGCAAGGUCACAAAUGUUUAGUGUACUGUCAGCCAGUGGAACUGAUCCUUUGGAGUACAAACUCUUUGGUUAUAACCUUAUUGGAUUCUAAAAUGGAUUUGGUACCACCCUUAGCGUCCGUACACGCCUGCAGCGUUCAACCAUUAGAAGACUAUGAGACCCCUAGAGCGCCAUUACUUCGACAAGUAUCCUUGGAUGAAGAGCGUCCGGAUGACUGCCAGGGACACUGGCGGGGACAUUACAUUCAGGGAGAUGACCAGGAAAGGGGGGUGAGGCUGUUCAGGGCUCUGCUACUCCAGCAUCUGAGGCUUGAGGAGUUGAGGCCACCGCCAUGCAUGCUUGUGCCAGCGAAACCUGAUCACAGAGGAUGGUGGUUGUACUGGCGAGAUUGGAGGUCGCUGGAACGAGCAGCUAAGAGGUUCAGGGAAACCAAGGCGCGGGCUAUCCUGGCCGCGAGAGCUGAACACAUACCCCUACUCAGCUUAGAUGAAGUCGCCUUUGAAGAUAUUAUGCAGGAACUAUGUCAGGCGUGUUCACACGUGGAAAACAGAGCGUUGGUGGUGCUAGCCUUCCUCUGCGAGGUGUGCGCGCGCGCAGUCAGGGUAGGGGGCUGGUGUCGCGCGGCGGAUUGGGCGGCAAGGCAUGUGGCGCAAUGCGCGACGCCGUGGGCCAAUCGACAUGGAGGAUGGAGUGUAGUAGUAGAGCGUGCGGGUGGAACUCGAAGAGAUGACACAACAUUGAUCGCGGGUGCGGCUUUCGCAGCUCUAUUAGCGUUCAUACUGUUCUGCCGCCAUCGAUUCCGUCAUACGGUACUUUAAAUAAAAAAAACUUCUAUUACCUUGGAUGUAAUUACCCGUUGUACGGUGUCUCUGAAUAAUUGAGGAGAGAUGGUUGGUAAAUGAUUUGAAAAGGUGUUGAUCCUUCGAUUGGAUGAAAAGGUUUAAAAGAAAGCGAUUUAUUAUAUGUUUAACUUCUAAUGGUCAUUAGUAAAAGAUAUUGUAUAUUAAAAUUUUGAAAGCCUUCGAUGUUUUACUUGUGUCGUUUUUAUUGAAAUUUGAUUUAUUCUUCUUACA